GGCAGGACCGGACGGUGCCAAGUGGACAAAACUAAGGCUGGAGGAAAUGGACUAAGAGAGGGUGUGGUCCAGGGCCCCGCCCCUGCCCCUUGAUGCCAGGGGCCCGGCUGCCUGGGUCAGGACAUCCAAGAGGGGAGGAGCCAUUGUCCUUAGAUGUCAAUAAGUGGGCAAAGCCGAUCAAUUCCUGGUUGGUAGAGGCAGUGUCUCAAAACGGAAGGCUCCAUGGAGGAAACAGUUAGAGUUCAGCAAGCAUUUGGAAAUACAUUGUUGGGAGCUUUUUUGAGUUGGGCUGUGGGCACUUCAAGAGGAAGCAAGAGACGGCUGUGAGUCAUUCCCAGAGCAGCAGGGAGACGGUUGGUUCUCAGGUAACGUCGGGAGCACUUGGUGAGAGAGAGCUAGGACUAAAGAGAAUUCAGGUAACCCUGUUCAGGCAUCAGGGGACCAGAAAGGGCCCUGAGACCGCCCGGGGUUGCAACAUGGUGGCGGCACUGGUGCGGAUGCAGUGGUAGGUCCUGUCCUGGAAAAAUGUAUCUCAGGUCAGGAUAAGGGGUGUGAGGAGCAGGGAAGGACUCUGAGUUUUGUGCUCCAGCUGCAGAGGGGAUUCAGGGCUCUGCAGAGUCUAAGCCGGAGGUGAAAGCCUGGACUCCGAAAGUAGUGAGGCUGACAUAGAAGUAUUCAGCAGACAGACCGGAAAAGGACUGGACUGCAAGCCAGGCACCCCCCACAAUGGGCAACGCGCAGGAGAGACCGUCAGAGACUAUCGACCGGGAGCGGAAACGCCUGGUAGAGACGCUGCAGGCAGACUCUGGGCUGCUGCUGGAUGCGCUGCUGGCACGGGGCGUGCUCACCGGACCCGAGUAUGAGGCGUUGGAUGCGCUGCCGGAUGCCGAGCGCAGGGUGCGCCGCUUGCUGCUGGUGGUGCAGAGCAAGGGCGAGGCCGCCUGCCAGGAACUGCUGCACUGCGCCCAGCGCACUGCACGCGCACCUGACCCUGCCUGGGACUGGCAGCACGUGGGCACUGGAUACCGGGAACGCAGCUACGACCCUCCGUGCCCAGGCCACUGGACACCUGAGGCAGCCGGCUCGGGGACCCCAUGUCCUGGGCUGCCCAGAGCUUCACAUUGCGAUGAGGCCGGGGGUCCAGAGAGCUCCGAGGCAGUGCAAUCCGGAACCCCGGAGGAGCCCCAGACAGAGCUAGAAACUGAGGCUUCUGAAGGGGCAGAGCCGGAGAUGGAAGGGCAAAUGGAUCCGGAACCAGAGGCAGAACCAGAGCCUGAGCCCGAACCAGAGCUGGACCCGGAUCCUGAACCCGAGCCUGAGCCGGAGCCAGACUACGAGGGAGGAGAUGAAUCUGAAGAUUCCUGAAGGCCAGAGUGCUGACAGGCCACUCCCCAUGAAAGCCGAACAGGACCCAGGACCCUGCCAGGGUGGAGUUGGAUCGCCACCAAGGCUCCGCCUGGCCCGGUAUUCACUGGAAGGGAAUAAACUCUGGAGGGUCGGUCUGGGCUCUCUGGGAUUCUGGCCCAGAAAUAAAGGUGACCUGGGCAGUCCUGUGCCCCAUCA